AUGAAUAACAAGUCAGUCAGUUUGAACGCGACCGUGGACCACGACCUCGUCAUCACCUCCACUUUCGGGACGCUCCUCUCCGUCGUGUACAUCAUCGGGGUGUCGGGCAACGUGUACACGCUGGUGGUGAUGUGCCACUCGAUCCGCUUCGCCACCUCCAUGUACAUCUCCAUCAUCAACCUGGCUCUGGCGGACCUGCUCUACCUCUCCACCAUCCCGUUCGUGGUGUCCACCUACUUCCUGAAGGACUGGUACUUCGGGGACGUGGGCUGCCGCAUCCUGCUCAGCCUGGACCUCCUCACCAUGCACGCGAGCAUCUUCACGCUCACCGUCAUGUGCACGGAGCGCUACCUGGCCGUGACCAAGCCGCUGGACACGGUGAGGCGCUCCAAGAGCUACCGCAAAGCGCUGGCGUGGGGCGUCUGGCUGCUCUCGCUGGUGCUCACCGUGCCCAUGAUGGUGAUGGUCGCCCAGACCACGAAGAACACGGCGGACGGGGGCGUGAAGAGGAUUUGCGAGCCGGCCUGGGCGCCCCUGGUUUACAAAGUGUACCUGACCGUCCUGUUCGGCACCAGCAUCAUGGCGCCGGGGCUCGUGAUCGGAUACCUGUACGUGAAGCUGGCGCGCACUUACCUGGAGUCGCAGCGCAACUCCGCGAUGAGCCGCGGCGCAAAGCGGUCCCCCAAGCAGAAGGUGCUGAUCAUGAUCUUCACCAUCGUGCUGGUGUUCUGGGCGUGCUUCCUGCCGUUCUGGAUCUGGCAGCUGCUGUCCCUGUACCGCACCGAGCCCCUGAACCUGACCUCGCGGACGCACACGUGCAUCAACUACCUGGUGGCGAGCCUCACGUACAGCAACAGCUGCAUCAACCCGUUCCUGUACACGCUGCUCACCAAGAACUACCGAGAGUACCUGAAGAACCGGCACCGGAGCUUCUACCGGUACACGUCGUCGUUCAAGCAGCGGCCGCCGAGCCUCUACUCGUGGGGGAAGUCCGCGUCCUCCAGCAACCAGUUCGACUUCAACUCCGAGACGCUGGCGAUGGGGAGCCUGAAGUGA